AUGUCGGCCAAAUUCAUGCAGAUGUUGCAGAAUAUGCAGCAGCGAUCGAACCGGACUGUGGAAGACAUGCGAAACUCUGAUGACAAGCUCGCGGGUAUGGACGGUAUGGAGCUUCGUGGAUGGACCCAACAGAAUCCUACAGUGCCGAGCCGCGACCUCACAGAUCCAGUCGGGCAGACCAUUCUUGCUGUAUUCAACAAAGAAUUUGAUGCGCUUCAGAAUUACUGCGAAAUGAUGAUCAAGCAACUCGGAGGAACCGAGGAAGCUCGCGAGACUGUCAGACAAGAUGUAUAUUCGAAAAAAUGGGGUCCCACCAAAACGCCCAUCUACUCAGUCCUAUUGCCAGCGCUACAUAUGCUCCCCAACAACAAGCAAGAUCUUUUAGGCGUUGUCAGAUAUCUAGUCAACGAUCUCAAAGUACCAGUCGACGGAAGAGAUGUCGUGGGCAGCACAGCACUCUUCUGGGCAAUCUCAACCAAACCCUACGUACAACCAGAAUUCGCCCAAAUUCUCUUCGAUGCCGGGGGUUCUGUCAACACUAAGAACCGUUUUGAUGCCACGCCGGGUGCCGAAAUUGCGCAAGCCGACAUCCACGGCGACACGACCAAGAACGUGCAGAUGAUGAAGUGGUACAUUGAGCAUGGCGGAGACGUCGUUGCUAAAGACACAGAUGGAAUGAACAUCAAGACCAUAGUCGAAAUGAUGGGUCAAAAGCUGGUGAUCACUGUUUUCUCGAAAGGUUUCUGGGUUGUAACAGAAUUACUCAAGAUGCGAUUGAAUCCGAAUGGCGACGCGUCGACCUUCCCCAAACGUUCAGCCUUGCCACACAUUGCUGGCACACCAAAGGACAAUGCUUGGUUUUGGGGCGGCCACGACGAACUUGGUCGAUUAAACCUCCUCACUCCACAGCGAAUAGCAAAAACGACACAAGAAAGUGUUAAAACGGGAGAAUCAGUAUCACUGGAUUUGCCAUUGAACAUUCCGGGCCCAGCCUUCUUUGGACGAAAAGGAUUAAAACAUAGCAUCAAGAACAUAGCCCCUGGCGCUUUCGAUGAUGAACUAGCAUUCAACACGCAGAGCAGUAGCCAGUGGGAUGGCUUCCGCCAUUUCGCGCAUCCAAUAUAUAACUGCCAUUACAACGGCGUUAUCUCUGACGAAAUCAUGGCCGAUUUGGACAACGAUGGAGAAGACGGCGAAGCAGCACCUGAGCGCUCAAGAAAACUCGGUAUCGAUGCCUGGGCUAAGAAAGGCAUCAUAGGCCGUGGUAUCCUCCUGGAUGUAUACUCUUGGGUCCAGAAGUCAGGCAAGGCAUAUGAUCCUUUCACCAAACACUCCAUAACAGCCGAUGAUCUUCGUGCAUGCGCGGAGUCUCAGGGCACGUCGUUUCAAACAGGUGACAUACUCCUAAUACGCACAGGAUGGCUCUCAACAUAUAAUGCUCUCUCUACUGCCCAGAAAUCCGAUCGCAGCACCAUGCCACUAGAUCAACACUUUUACGCCGGUCUUGAUGCCACAGAUUCCAUGAAGGACUUCUUAUAUGACAACUACUUUGCGGCUGCUGCGACGGAUAACGCGAAUUUUGAGGUUUGGCCACCAGAGAGCUGGGAGGGGAGUCUACAUGCAAGUAUGCUUAGCAUGUGGGGCAUGCCGAUUGGAGAGCUUUGGAAUCUCGAGACGCUGGCAGAAAUGUGUCGGGAGAAGGGGAGGUGGGAGUUUUUGGUUGUCAGUAAGCCGGUUGACGUACCUGGGGGUGUUGGGAGCUUACCGAAUGCGGUUGCGAUAUUCUGA